GUGGAAAUUUCAAGAGGUGAGAGGUGAAAUCUCGCACACGUGGUUUGACAUGGCUGCGCCCUGUUGUCAAAAUAAGAAUUGUAUCAUAGACAAAAUCAAACACGUACAUCACAUAUUUAAAUUUUUAAAAGCCAAGGACCAACUGUCUGAAGAUGUCUGAGAACGACAGCAACAUUAUGAAGGGGUCGGGACGUACAUUACCAAGAGCUGUAAUAAUUGCUUUGAUGGCCGAAAGGUUUGAACGGCUGCCCGAAAAUGACAGAAAUAUGUUCACGUAUGGACCUAUGUACAUCGGUGGCAAUGGUGCACUUGCAGGACUCGUAGCCAACAGCUUGUACCGCAGGGCACUGAAUGUCACGCAAGGACGUUUCACGUCAAGUCUACCUAUGGCCGUCUUGCCUUUUUUGACAACAGUUGCCUUGUACAAUGCAACUGUAUCCAAACCACUUUUGACAGGUGACCUUAACUGCCCAACCUGUGUCCUGAUCAGAGGUGCACUAGUCGGUGCUGUUGGAGCAGGCUUAUAUCCUGUUCUUCUUGCACUUCCUGUCAACGCAGGACUUGCAACCCGAUACGAAACGGUCCCAAUGCCAGAGAAAGGAAACGUCCUGCGUUUUUGGAUGACCCUUAGUCAACCCAUUUUGAGGAAAAUGGCAGGGGUGUUUGUGUUGCAGGCCCUAUUCGGAACUUACCUGUCUUCCAAACAUUUUGAUAUCUAUUUGAAAUUGCUUCGGAUCUCCCUUUCCAAAGAUGAAGAACUUGGGAAUUAAGUGGUUUAGAAUAGAUGCAAUUUUUUCCAAUUCAUUUUAUAAAUGUCAUUAGAAAAACACUUACAAAUCUGUCUCGUGACAAAGUACCUGCUGUCUUCCUGGUGCGAUGACCAGUCAUGUAAAUUAAGUAAAAUCUGCUUUAUAUUCAA